GCGCUCGGCGGUGUCUCCUUCUCCUCAGUCACGGCUCCGGCUCGGCCUCCCCGCGCCGCCAUGUCCGCCCCUGGCAGCGGCGGCGAGUUCGGGAACCCGCUGAGGAAAUUCAAGCUCGUCUUCCUGGGCGAGCAGAGCGUUGGGAAGACCUCUCUCAUCACCAGGUUUAUGUAUGACAGUUUUGACAAUACUUACCAGGCGACCAUUGGAAUUGAUUUCCUGUCAAAAACAAUGUAUCUUGAAGAUCGCACGAUCAGGCUGCAGCUGUGGGAUACAGCCGGCCAGGAGAGGUUCCGCAGCCUCAUUCCCAGCUACAUCCGUGACUCUGCUGUGGCUGUCAUUGUCUUUGACAUUACAACAGGUUCGGCUGCAGCUUUGGGACACAGCAGGCCAGGAGCGGUUCCGCAGUCUCAUUCCCAGCUACAUCCGCGACUCCACCAUUGCUGUGGUAGUCUAUGACAUUACAAACUUGAAUUCUUUCCAGCAAACCUCCAAGUGGAUUGAUGACGUUCGGACAGAGAGAGGAAGCGACGUCAUCAUCAUGUUGGUGGGGAACAAAACCGACCUGGCAGACAAGAGGCAAAUCACUACAGAAGAAGGCGAACAGAGAGCCAAAGAGCUGAAUGUGAUGUUUAUUGAGACCAGUGCAAAGACUGGAUACAAUGUGAAACAGCUUUUCCGUCGUGUGGCUGCUGCCUUACCUGGGAUGGACAGCACACCAGAGAAGAGCAAAGAAGACAUGAUUGACAUCAAACUAGAGAAACCUCCUGAGCAGCCAGUAACGGAGAGCGGGUGCUCCUGCUAACAGGCCCGUUCUGUAGCAGCACAUUCCCCAACCGGCCAGUCUCACUGAAGAACAUCACCGCUCAUUGGCUAGGCAACCCUACUUUGUGGGCUGAAAAAAAAAACCAAUCUACUAAAGCGAGCGAACUCCCUGUUUACUGGUGGGGAGCAGCCCCGGCCGCCCCUCUUACUGCAUGGUAUGAGCCCUGAGUGCAGAAUGAGUGUCCUGUCUUUUCUUUUAUUUUUUUAUGUUGUUGCACUUUGGCACUGCGGUGCCCUUUACACUCUUUCUCUCUCUUCCUCUCCUUCACCCCUUCUUCUCCUCCUCCCUGGCCCCCCUCCUCCCCCCCCCCCACCUUGCGC